AUGUCCGCCGUCACGUCGUCAGCCAUGAAUCCCCAGGGCCAGGGGAUACGCCAGUCCGCCCGACAGACCCGAACAAACCCUUCUCGAACCUCCAAGACAAUCGGCCGGUCAUCAUUGGGCUUUGGUCGAGGCUGUACAGUCGAGAUCCCCUCAACGCCCCCUGUUCCUGCUGGCUUCUACCCUGCCCUCACCCAUUUUUCCGACGCGAUCACUGCCCUUCCACGCGAAUUCCGCCGACACAAUUCAUUGCUGAAGGAGGUAGACGCUAAAGCAUGGGCGCUUGAGGAAAAUUUACUUGAGUUGCUGCAGGUCUCUUCAAAGUCGCAACCCGUUCCUCAUCCCCCUCACCCGGCGCCUAUUGUCGGGGGUGUGAUUCGGGACGAUGUCUUGCCAAAAGAGCUUUCUCAGCCACCCGAGUCGCCCGAGAGCCAAGACCGCCGCCUCCUCUUCGAUCGUGUCCGACAAAGCCUCUCGGAUCUCAUGAUGACCGCUGACGAAAAGAAUCAUGUCAUUUCAAACGCAAACGAAGAGCUGGACCGCCAGAUCGUCCGCCUUGACACCGUUUUCCCUUUCAUUGCUGGAGAGAUAAGCGACGAGGCCCGGCUGGGCAGUUUGACGCACUGGGCCUACUCAAAUAAGACUGCUGCAAAGUCUGCGACUAAUGACCGACCGCGCCGCGAAGCUGUGAACCACCGACAAGACUUGGCGGCUGUGCUUCACGAGGCCGAAGCCGCGAGUCGCAGUGAGGCAAGACGCGAAGCUGUCCAGGCGCGAAAAAUACGUCGCAACAACGUCGAUGCGGACUAUGAGGAAACCCGUGCCCCUCGCAAGACGAAUGCCGCCAAAUCCCGAGGAGAAAACGCUGCGGCAGAUCAGAAUGCCGCAGCCAAGCGCCGAAAGGUGGAACGGCCUGCGGCCAUGGAGAUGGGUACACCGAUGGAGCGUACCGCUAGUGGCGCUGGAAGCCAGCGGGUCUCAUCUAAGGAUGGUGCGGAGAAGAAACGAUCCCGUGCGCCCAAUCCCAAUGCCGUGGCGGCUCGAAAGAAGACCAAUGCGACAUCCAACGCUGGAUCACCUAUCCCGGCACCUUCUCCUCUUAUCGGAACCUUCAAUGCUCCGCGGGGUGCCGCGAGCCCUGGCCCUAACCCAGCUCGACCGCAAUCCUCUCGAGCUCAACAAAAUGCGGGACAAACCAGCAAUUCUCGACAACGGCCCUCAUCCUCGGCCUCGAAUCGCCUUGGCCAGCCCAAUACCUAUCCACACCCCGCGACGGCCCCCCUCAAGAACGAAGUCGCCAUUCCCGACGGACGAGACUAUAACGAAAGCAGCCGAAUGUCUGCAGCAACGGGGAAUAAACGUGAAGACAUGGACGGGCGACCCACAGACCCCCACGAGUCUGAAGCCAGCAAGGGGCGAAACUCCAAGACCUCCACACCUGUCCUCUCCACCUUUACCGAAACGCAGUCUCGCGCACGACCAACGCGGAGUAAUGACCCGGCACCCAAGCGUAACGCAAAGAAGCCCGCAAUUCCCGCGCCAGUUGUUCCCUCAGACGAAGAGUCCCUCCACGAAGGCGACGACGAAGACGAGGAGGGCGAGCCCCGGUACUGCUACUGUGACCAGGUUAGUUUCGGCGAGAUGGUCGCCUGUGAUAAUGACGCCUGUCCGCGCGAAUGGUUCCAUCUGUCCUGUGUAGGACUGACCAAACCACCCGGGAAGAACGGUACGUUUCUCUUUUCCCUCGAAUAUGACUUUCUAUACUAA